GGAGGUCAGUGUACACAGAGGAGAGGACUUUGCUACGCUACUUUUAUUAUUCAUGAUCAGGACGUGAACGGGGUUUCAGGGAAUGAUGUCUUCUCCUGAAAUCUCCAGGAUCUCUUGGGGCAAUAUGAGUGUUGGCGGACAGCAUUAUAAAGACUGCAAGGUCUGGCCAGGAGGAAGCAGGACCUGGGACUGGAGGGAGACUGGAACUGAACACUAUCCGGGUGUCCAGCCGGCAGACAUAGAGGAAGUUGUGAACAAGGGGGUGAAGAUGCUGGUGAUUGGCCGUGGAAUGACCGAGGCACUGCAGGUGCCAGCCUCUACUCUAGAGUACAUCAAAUCUCAGGGCAUUGAUGUUCUGGUCUUCCAGACAGAGAAAGCAGUGAAGGAGUACAACAGUUUGGUGUCACAAGGAGCCCGAGUGGGUGGCGUGUUCCACUCCACCUGCUAAAUGAUGCUGUGCCCUGGGGCUCCGUCUGGUGUACAUGGAUGGGUAUCAAUGACUAAUGGAAGUAUGGACAGAUGCCCGGCGCCUAAAGAUUUUGUCUCUCUCCAGUUACCACUGGAACCCUGCCCUGUGUGUUUUAUGACGAAUAAAAAUGUGUCUCUUCCACUGCUGCUUAGAAGUCUA